AUGAAACAUAUCGUACGGCAAUCAUUGCUCAUCAUACUCAUUGCACUAACAAUAUUUACAUUAUCUAGUGACAGUAUGAGCGGAUCAGUCAAAUGUAAUAUAUCAUUCUGGAUUAAUUUUGUUGACUUUUCAUGUUUGGAUUCAUCAGCAAAUGUAACAUAUACAAAUAUGAAUUACAAUAAUGAAUGUACAUUGUUUGAAAAGUCGGGUGAUUGGUCAACAUACAAAUUGCAAGUGAAUUUAACAUCAAAAACUGUACUUAACUUUACUGCGUUUGAUACAAAAUAUUGUUUACGAGAAAAUGAAUUUCUAUUCAUUGAAAAAUCAUCAAAAUUAACACAAUGUACACCUGUUAAACUGAUCACAGUACAAGGAAAUGUUACAGCUGGUUCAAUUAUAGUUAACUGUAGUAAUUGA